CCGUGUCCGUUCCAGCUGAGAGCGAGAGAGAGAGAGAGGACGAUCGGACGUCGCGCGGCCCAAACACAGACCGAAGCCCGUGCGCCCGUGACUGGAUCCACCGGAUGCAAAAGAAAGUACAGACAGAGACAUAGGAAACAACCCCGUCCUUUCCCCGACGGACAGCAGAGCGCGACAGCAGAGGAGAGAAACACCAAUACAACUUGUCAUCUGACCAAUACAGUCACUGAUCUCGUCGCUGUGUGUGUGUGUGUGUGUGUGUGUAUAUGUGUGUGUUUUCUUGUACACACUCUGUUUCCCUUCGGUUGUUUUGUUUUGACGGAGGUCUGCUUUGCAACUAUUUUGGGAUCUUCUUUUUUAUUGCCGGAUAUUAUUGCGGGAUAUUAUUCUACAAGUUUUAAUUGUAACAUUCUCCUGUCCGUGCGGUGUGCAUGGUUCGUUGACAUUUUGACGCCUUUGCAUUUUUUAUUAUGGGCAGUAUUCUUACUCAGAUCUGACUAUCCCUCCCACACUGGUCCUCUGAGAAUAACAGCUUGAACUACUGAAGAUUUUUUAACACCAUUCAACUGCAAUGGAAUAUUUCGAUGAAAAUAAUUCUGCAAGGACAUAAGGAACUCUGCACAACCUAAAGUGAAAGUGAUCCAGCAUACUUGUCCUAUUGGUAGGCUCUUCGGUCAGUUUACCACGCCCCUUCAAGUGCCCCCAGUAUCUUUCUACGACCCCAUCUGGCCCAGGAUGUCCAGGCAGCUCUCUCAGCUUCCGAACCCCGACCUCCCAGCUGGUGCAAGCCCACAGUUUGGAAGUUGUACCCAGCCUGCAGGCUCCCUCACAGGGGGGCAGCUCACAGGUCUUAAAUCCCUCCUGCAGCACCCCAUAAAGGGAGACCAACGUUUAAAAGCAUGUGAUACAAAAGACAAAGAGAGGCUAGAUGUUGAUGAGGACUCCAUGGGAGUGUGCCCCAUUAGGAAUGGCAGUGGAAUAGGCAACAGUAAUAGCAGUAAUGGCUGUGGAGGAGGUGGUGGAGGUGGAGUUGGAGGAGGAAAUUUCAGCCAGUUCUUGGCGCCCCUCUUGUGGGAUCGCACCCUUCCUGCAGAUGGGGGCCUCUUCCAGCUUCAGUACAUGGACUUGGAGGAAUUUCUGGUUGAAAAUGGAAUGGGCAACAUGCAUAACAACAACAGCUCCAGUUCAGCCCAGAUCCCCUCACAGAGCUCCCCGUCAGCUGUGCCCAAUCAGAGCUCCCAGUGCCUACCGCCCUCAUCCCCACCUUGCUCUUCGUCUUCAUCACCUUCUUCCUCUUCUUCCCCGUCGCUCAUUGGUUUGGAGGUGGCUCAGCCGCAGAGCCUUGGAGGAGGAAAUGACUGUUUGCAUGGGAGUCAGACGAGUAUGAAUGAUUCCUGUGAGUCGCCCUGUUCUUCCUCCUCGUCCUCCUGUCCUCCUCUGCUAACGCCCACGGACAGCGGGCCAGAUGGAGCCGGGAUGUUUGACAUAGAUUCCUCAGACAUGGACAUGUCCAGCCAGCCGAACUUUGACCCCAGGAGGCACUCCUUCAGUGAAGAGGAGCUCAAGCCACAGCCGAUGAUCAAGAAGGCCCGCAAGAUCCUGGUGCCUGAUGGCUUGAAGGAUGAGAAGUACUGGACCAGGAGGUAUAAAAACAAUGAAGCAGCCAAGCGUUCUCGAGAUGCUCGGCGUCUUAAGGAGAACCAAAUAUCCGUGCGUGCCGCCUACCUGGAGAGAGAGAACGCCGCCCUCCGUCAGGAAGUGGCCGAGAUCCGGAAGGAACUGGGCCGCUGUCGCAACAUCCUUAGUAAAUACGAGAACCGUCUUGCUGACCAGUGAUGAAGACGUGGAGCAAAGUCAGGAAGAGGAGAAAUUUAAGCUGGGUUAAAUUUAAGACUCUGAAUUCUUGGGGUGACACGAAGGACAAAAUGGGGUUCAAGAAAAUGGUGAUGAUGAUGAUGAUGAGGAAGAUGAUGAUUAUGAUGAUGAAUGUAUGAAUGUAGGAGAAGACUUGUGUAUUGAAGCUCAGGUGUCUUGUUUUGUUGAGGUGUCAGCUCUUAAAAUUGAAAGAUGGAGAGAAUAAUUUAACAGAUGAAAAGUAUGUGACUUUUAAGAGUUUUGUUAUUGGAGAAUUGUAUAUUUUUAUAAUACUUGAGAAAAAUUAGACGGAGAGAAAAAUUUGGAGAAUAAUUUUGUAUAUUUUCUACAUAGAGAUAGGGGAAAGCUAUGGUAAAAAUCUUUUUAUUAUAGAUGAGUCAGGAGUUGUUUAACAGGUGGUCAGCCAUCGAAGGGUAUUUUUCGACUUGAUUAUUGUAGUCAGGAUGCUGCAGCAGGGGCGAGGACGCAUGUAACAAUUGUAAUAUAGAGAGCAAAAAUUAUCUUAUAAUCGUAUACUUCAACAUUUUUGUGGAUUUUAUUCAUUUUUUUCCUCUUAUGUUUCUGUCACUGGGAAUGGGCAUGCUAGAGAGAGACAAAAGGGGAGACACCAUGGAAACAGUCCAGCACUAUCUUCAACAUUUGUCUUGUGCGUUCUUUUUUAAUAGAACAACUUCAUCCUUUUUCUUUUUUUUUUAAUGAACUCAAGUUCCCCACAUUUUUAUUUUUUUUGUACUUUGAGCUUAACUUUAUGCCAUUGGCCAUCUUUCUCUAGCCUAUGCUUUUAUCUUUGACUCAAUCUCCUUUUCUCUAUCCCAGUUGAGUGCUUUUAAUCUACUCUGGUGUCUCGUAUCUCACCUAAGCUGGUGAAAGCCUGUUGUGAUGCCCUGGGUAACUCUGCUCCCCCUUGGUCCUCUCUUUUGAAGUGUUGGGACAUUUCUCUUCCUCUGUUUCUAUAUCCAACUGCGCUAUUUCUGUCCGCUUGCUCUUACAGCCAAUCCCCUCACAGUUAUGUGCAAACUCUUCCCAUAACAUGUUGUCCCCGUGUCUCUCUUGUACCUCGGCGGUACAUUGAGUAGUUAAAUCUCAGUGUUGUAACGUAUUCUGAAAUAGUAAUCAAUCUUCCCAAUAAAACGCACAUUGUUACUUUACUGUAUUUUAUGAACACAGUUUAAUUAGCAUUAUUAUGGGGGAGAAAUGUUGUAUAUUGGAUAGGCCUAUACUAUUUUGUGUAAUUGAUGUAUUCCAGGAGAUGGGUUGAAUACCCCCAUUGAGUGGAAUGGUGUUAAUUUCUCAGAUUUCUGGGAGAAAUAAAAGCCAAAAUUUCCUAUGUUCAUCCACAAAGCUUGUUCCUAUUUAGUGCUUUUUUCAAUACUGUUCCUUCCUUACUGUUUACUCCUGUUACUACUCUUUACUUUUAACUGUAUCUAUAAACUUCUCUUUUUUUACCCACAACAACUACACAUGAGGCAUGGUACACUAUGUUCCUGGGGAGGGAUGACUAGUAAUAGAGUGUGAUGUUUAAUCCCCUUAACGACCAUGAUGAAUAGUUACCAUUACUGCUAUUAUUAUUGUUAUGAUUAUGAUGAUUAUCCCUCUUGUUGUUGCUGUUCUAUAUUAUUGAAUUAUUUUCCUUUUAGGACAAACAUGAUCUGUUGCACCUUGAAACAUCUUUGAUCUUCAGUGUUCCUCAGAAAGACUAUUCAAAUGGAGAAAAAAAACCUCACUCUGCAAUUUGCAUCCUGUCUCAUACCCCUCCAGACAUUACUCACUUCUACUAUGGACACUACUGCCACCUUGGUUUUUUUGACCAUGGAUUUCACAAUCGUGGCUCAAUAACUUGAACAUGAUAUUCAUGCAGACUUACUUUACCUUUUGUGAUGACCUUUUCUGUUCCGCAGCAGUGUACAGACUAUGCACACUAUCAAUAUGCUCCUUGUUGGUUUAUUUCAGCCUUUAUCACCUCAAUCAGUGAUUGUUUGCUCUCCCAACAGGAUUUAGUCUCUAAUAUCCUCACAGAUGUGGUUGAUAAAUCUUUUAGCGACUCUAAUUGAACUAUAACUGCCCUGCUGCAUCAGUGGUGGUCCAUGGUGCCCAGCCCACUCAGUGCUGGUUGUUUGGAUAGAGUCGAGAUUUUUCCAAAAACACCAAUAAAAGAUUGUUCUCAUUCACUA